AUGACACCGCCCAAAAGCAUGCACGAAGUCCAGAAACUCAACGGACGGAUUACCGCCCUAGGACGAUUCAUGUCCUGCUCAGUGAAGCGAUGCAUGCCUUUCUUCAAGACACUGAAGCAGAUCAAGAACUUUAUAUGGACAUCAGAAUGCCAGACGGCGUUUGAUGAAUUGAAAAACUUCAUUUCGUCGCCUCCACUCCUGGCAAGACCCGAGGCGGGUGAUGUGUUAUAUUUAUACAUCUCCUGUUCCGACAAAACAAUAGCAGGAGUGCUAGUGUCUGAGAAAGAGGGGGAACAAUUUCCGGUCUAUUACGUUAGCAAAGUACUCAGGGAUGCAGAAUUGAGAUACCCGAAGUUGGAGAAAUCAGCAUUAUGUAAAAAUCCUCCAGAAGGAAGAAACAAGCGGGCGAAUAGCAGAAUGGCUGUCAAGAUAGGAAUCUUGGGCGUUAUCUACGAAGCCCGGAAAGCCUUGAAGGCUCAGGCAUUAGCCGAUUUCUUUGCAGAAUUAACAUUCGCAGAACUGGUAGAGAACAAGACGAACCCCUGCGAAAUAUAUGUCGAUGGGGCGGUAUGUGGAGUAGGAGCAGGAAUCGGUGUUAUACUUAAAGGGUCAGGGAGGGUCCAAAUGGAAUACUCAGCUAGGCUCGAAUUCCCAGCCUCCGACAACGUCGCAGAAUAUGAGGCGCUAUUGGCAGGACUACAAUUAUGUGAAGAACUCAACAUAUCAAAAGCUCAGAUAUACAGCGACUCACAGCUGGUUGUGAACCGCGUAUCAAGGAGCUUUGAAAUAAAAGAAACCACACUGAAUAAGUACGCCAAACAAGCCAAAGCCUUCUUCUUCAACAAUGGGCGAUCAUGGUCGCUAAAGAAAAUACCCAGAGCAAUGAAUGGAAGGGUAGAUGAAUUGGCAAAGUGGGCCGCAACAAAAAAUUACGAGUCAAUGAAGAACAUCCCUCACGAAAUUAAGCGACAACCCGACUUUCAAGAAGGAGUUGAAGAGGGAGAAGUACUAAUGGUAGAUGGAGAGGAAACCUGGAUGACUCUCAUCGCGGCGUAUUUGGCUAAUGGAGUACUCCCCGAAGACAGAAAAGAUGCCAGGAAAAUAGUGAUAUUAUCAUCCACGUUCGGCAUGUACAAUGGUCAGCUGUACAAACAAUCAUUCACUCAUCCAUGGCUAAAGUGUGUUAACAAAGAAGAAGGAGAUUCCAUCCUAAAGGAGCUACAUGAGGGGACCUGUGGAGCACAUGAUGGGGCAUCGACUCUGAUCAGAAAAGCCCUACUACAGGGCUACUAUUGGCCCUAUAAUGAAGGAACAUGCGAUGACACUGGUGAAAGGAUGUUGGCCAUGUCAACAACACGCUUUGGUGCCAAGAAAGCAAGCAUCAGAAAUGAAGCCAAUAGGAAGUGCGUAGCCCUUCGCCUAAUGGGGAAUGGAUAUCUUAGGUUCGGAAUACCAAAGAUCGACUUAAGGUUCACUUCGGUUUACCAUCCACAAUCAAAUGAACAAACCGAAGUGGCCAACAGAAUCUUACUGGAAGGGUUAAUAAAAAGGCUGGAUGAAUACCAAGGAAGAUGGGUAGAAGAGCUGUACAUUGUCCUAUGGAACUACCGUACCAUCCUAAGAGAAUCUACAGGCAAAACUUCGUUCGCCUUAGCCUAUGGAACAGAGGCUGUAAUCCCAGUGGAGAUCGGCGCACGUACACCAAGAACCGAAGAUAGUCAGCUAAAUUUAGAAGAAAACGAAGCAGAACUAAGGAACAACCUGGAUCUCUUAGUUGAAAAGAUCAAUAAGUCAGAUAUCAGAAUGGAGGCCUACAGACAAAAAAUGGCUAAACAUUUCAACAUCCAUGUGAAGAAAAGAAUAUUCAAGCUAGGCGAUCUAGUCAUGAGAAAGACCGAAGUCAAGAAGGGAGAAGCAGGGAGCCGAAAACUACAACCUAAUUGGGAAAGACCUUACACCGUCAGCAAGAUCAUCAAAGAAGAAACAUUUAAACUCACCAACUCCUUCGGAAGAGCUAUUCCACGUACUUGGAACGCAAACAACAUAAGAAAGAUUUAG